CGCCAUACAUGGACGCCAAGCACCAUUGUUUCUAUUUUUUUUAUUUAAGUAGACGCCAGCAUGAUUUUGCCCAUAUCAAAUGAAGAGAAGUAAAGCAAAGCCACAAAACUCAUGAAAACGGUAUCACAGCUUCAAUAAUUUUGGUUUGUUAGAUUGUCAAUGGAUUGUUGUAGUCCCUCUCAUCCAUAUUAAUUGCCGCAGCUUUUGUACAACUUUAUAUGGAUCAGAGGAAGUACAUUUUUUUCCUUAGGAAACACACUCAACCAAAGCCACUCAUUCAACUGUGUAUUUUUAGCAUCCCCUGUUUCUAGCCUACAGGCUGGCUUCUGUGCCACCAGCUAAAACAUUUGGCGACUAUAUUUCGACGCGCUCGGGCCUAAAAUUCAGGCCAAAAUUCCCCACCAUUUUGGAGCCAUGCAAACAAAAUUGUGAUCCUAACUUCAGGGGCAGUUCAUUCACAUGUAGAUGGAUUUUUACCCCAAACAAAUUUUGCCUCAGUCAAGACAAGUAUUGAAUGCAGUUUCUUCCUAGACAAGGGUGCCACAUAGGCUUAUGCAUUUGAUUGUUUCUUGCUCUUGUUAUCCCGUUUGCAAUGGAUUCUGCAAGGAGCUGGUUCAACAAGCUCCAAACGAGGGAGAAAUCCAUCGGCAAGAAGAAAGAUAUGCCUCCAAGUGGCAAGGAAGGGACCGAUGAAGCACCUUCCAGCGCGACGAAGCAAAGGGUCGCCGCGGCAAAGCAGUACAUUGAGAAGCACUACAAGGAGCAGAUGAAACAUCUACAGGACAGGAAAGAGAGACGGUAUAGUUUUGAAAGGAAGCUAGCAGAUGCCAAUGUGUCUGAGGAGGAGCAGAACAACAUCCUGAAGCAAUUUGAGAAGAAGGAGACAGAGUACAUGCGUUUGCAGAGGCACAAAAUGAGUGCCGAGGAUUUUGACCUGCUGACAGUGAUAGGGAAAGGAGCAUUUGGUGAGGUUAGGAUCUGCAGAGAGAAGACCACAGGGAAUGUCUACGCAAUGAAGAAACUCAAGAAGUCAGAAAUGCUUCGCCGAGGUCAGGUUGAGCAUGUCAGAGCCGAAAGGAACCUCCUUGCCGAAGUGGACCACCAUUGCAUUGUGAAGCUGUAUUGUUCAUUCCAAGAUAAUGAAUUUCUGUAUCUCAUAAUGGAGUACCUUCCCGGAGGCGACAUGAUGACAUUGCUGAUGAGAAAAGACACAUUGACCGAGGACGAGGCCAGGUUCUAUGUCGGUGAAACAGUUCUCGCAAUAGAAGCAAUCCACAGGCACAACUACAUCCACAGAGAUAUCAAGCCUGAUAAUCUGCUCCUAGAUAGAUAUGGCCACUUGAGACUAUCCGAUUUUGGGCUAUGCAAACCGCUUGACUAUGCAGCCUUCCCUGACUUGAAUGAGAAGGAUGUCACGGCUAAUAGAACAUCAUCGGCUCAUGGUGAUGGAAGACAGCAAACUACGCCGAAACGCACACAGCAAGAACAGCUGGAGCACUGGCAAAAGAACAGAAGAACUUUGGCUUACUCCACUGUUGGUACGCCCGACUACAUUGCUCCAGAAGUUCUUCUGAAGAAAGGUUAUGGGAUGGAGUGCGAUUGGUGGUCACUUGGUGCUAUCAUGUAUGAAAUGCUAGUGGGGUAUCCCCCAUUCUACUCGGAUGAACCUAUGACAACUUGCAGAAAGAUUGUGAACUGGAGAACUCACCUUAAAUUUCCGGAAGAAGCACGGCUAACGCUGGAUGCAAAAGAUCUAAUAAGUAGACUCUUAUGCAGCGUUGACCAACGCCUCGGUACAAAAGGUGCAGAGGAAAUUAAGGAGCACAUCUGGUUUAAUGAAGUAGACUGGGAGAAAUUAUAUGAAACCGAAGCUGCAUAUUUACCUCAAGUAACGGAUGAGUUGGACACUCAGAAUUUUGAGAAAUUUGAAGAGUCUUCGGAUCAUUCUCAAGCUUCAUCAAAGACAGGCCCUUGGAGGAAGAUGCUUUCAUCAAAGGACCUGAAUUUCGUGGGCUAUACUUACAAGAACUUUGAACUUGCGAAUGAUGAUGAAGUUCUUGAAAUGGCUGGUCUGAAGAAGAAGGAGAAGGCGAAGAGACCAAACGUCAUGUCCCUCUUCGAUGAGCCUGAAGGAGAGGAGCAGCAGCAAGCGGCCGGCGAAGACGACGACGACGGCGAAGGCAGCGUCCGGAACCGGAACACGGAGCCCGAGCUGACGAGGAGCCUCAGCUUGCCGUCCCCCUCCGCCGACAAGCACAGCCUCGCCUUACCAACGGAUUAACGACGGCAUCGCUUCUUUCCCUUUGUGUACUCUGGACCUUUACGCUACGUCAUCAAGUCGGUGCUGUUCCCUUGGAUUGAUCUAUGUAUGUCGUUAUGCGUCGAUCUAGCUCGUAGUGUUAUUUCAAA